CAUAACCCGGGUCACACCGACCGCCCUUCGCCCCGGAAGACGAGAAGCGCCCCGCUUGUGCUCCUCCCCCGGGCGCAGUGGUUCCGGCUAUGGCGGUGGCAGCGGCCGCGCCUGCGCAGUUACAGCUGCGGCGGGGAAACGUUGGCGGAGCUCGGGGCGGGAAGAGAAAGGCGAGCGGAGGAGCCUGGGCCCGGAAGCGGAAGUCUUGGGGGUGCGAUUUCCCGUAUCGUAAGGAGUGGUGGUGGAAGUUGUGCGUCGGAUCUGUACCGGCCUGGGGCACUGCCAGAGGCAGCGCGGAAGGAUGCGGCGGAGAUGAAGCCUGGGAAAUCAUCACAUCCAAAGGAUUUACUUGGAGUAAAAGAUCACUGACUUCUACAAUGGAAAAGUCAUGGAUGUUCUGGACCUUUGUUAAAAGAUGGCUGCUAGCUUUGGCUUCCUGGUCUUGGAGUCUCUGCCGUAUUUGUCUCUUACCCUUGAUAGUAACUUUUCACUUAUAUGGAGGCAUUAUACUGCUUAUAUUAAUAUUUGUAUCAAUAGCAGGUAUAUUAUAUAAAUUCCAGGAUGUGCUGCUUUACUUUCCUGAACAGCCCUCUUCAUCACGCCUUUACGUUCCUAUGCCUACUGGUAUACCACAUGAAAAUAUCUUCAUCAAAACCAAAGAUGGAGUUCUUCUUAAUCUUAUUCUACUGAGGUACACAGGGGACAAUGCAGCUUAUUCUCCAACCAUCAUUUACUUCCAUGGGAAUGCAGGCAACAUUGGCCACAGGUUGCCCAAUGCUUUGUUGAUGCUGGUAAACCUGAAAGUAAACUUAAUUCUUGUUGAUUAUAGAGGGUAUGGAAAAAGUGAAGGAGAAGCAAGUGAAGAAGGUUUGUACUUAGAUUCUGAGGCUGUUUUAGACUAUGUGAUGACUCGAUCUGAUCUUGACAAAACAAAAAUUUUUCUUUUUGGCCGUUCCUUGGGGGGAGCAGUAGCUAUUCACUUAGCUUCUGAAAAUUCCCAUAGGAUUUCUGCUAUCGUGGUGGAGAACACCUUUCUUAGUAUCCCAUACAUGGCCAGCACUUUGUUUUCUUUCUUUCCAAUGAGGUAUCUUCCUUUAUGGUGCUACAAAAAUAAAUUUCUGUCCUACAGAAAAAUCUCUCAGUGUAGAAUGCCUUCUCUCUUCAUCUCUGGGUUGUCUGAUCAGUUAAUUCCACCAGUUAUGAUGAAGCAACUUUAUGAAUUAUCCCCAGCUCGGACUAAGAGAUUGGCAAUAUUUCCUGAUGGAACUCAUAAUGACACUUGGCAGUGCCAGGGUUAUUUCACUGCACUUGAACAGUUCAUCAAAGAAGUAAUAAAGAGUCACUCCCCUGAAGAAAUGGUGAAACCAUCAUCUAAUGUAACAAUAAUAUAACUGCUAUUCUUUGGUGGGUUUGGGGCGGGGGGGGGGAGUAUCUGCACUGUACCUUGAUUUGUGAAAAGUGGUAAAAAAAUGUCCAUUUUUAAAUGUAUGUCAUGUCUAUACUUGCCUAAAGAGUGAAAUUAAUCUUGGAAAGAUAUGAUGCUUUAUUAAGGUGUUCCAGGUAACUUUUACACUUGCAGCAUUGUAAAUGAACCAUUUUAUGUCUUUCUCAUACUUUUUUGGUAUCUCUAUCCAUAUAUUCCAUUUGUUUGAUAUGUACAACAGACGCUAUUAAAGGAACUUGCUACAAAAGUAGUAUGGGAUGU